UUUUCCUAAUUUUAGCAUAUAAAGUACACACAAUUGUUAUAUGAAAGCUUUCAGGAUAUUGAAAAAUCAAAGCGUAACCCGUAAUCAUCAUAUUGAAGUUCUGAAAAUUAUUUAUAACUGCAUUGGCAAAUCAUUAAAAGAUAUUUCGGAAGUCGGUUUGGUUUAUCCACUUGUCCCAAGCGUCACUCUCGCAUUCAUCUCCCUCCACAAGCAAACGCUAGUGCUAGACAAACACAAAAGGCCAUCAUAUAAAGUUCAAACACACCAUGAGUAUUAAAAUGUUUUCUUGAAAAGUUACCCAAUACUCUCAUUUUUAACCUUAACUCCAAUCAGAUUGGACAACCCCUAAUUCAUUUUCAAAUCAAAUUUUCAAUUAGAUAUGUCAGGCUUUCUAGAGAGUUGAUGCCCACCCACCAUUGUAUGAAGAGCAUUGCCACAUUUCUGAUAGCAGUAGCUAGUAGUGUUAGUACUGGCCGCUUCUGUUUUGAAUUCCCUAGAUCAUCUAAAGACUAAAAAUUAUGUGUUAUGGAUAAACACAACCAUCCAAAACUAUAAACAAAAGAAUUGUUCAAAAUGUUCUUCUGACUAUUAAUUAUCUAGCCAGAUGAUUGCUAUAUGUACUUUCUUCGACACUCUUGCUCAAAAUCAUUUCAUACGAGCCCUCUAGCAACGAUGGAAGGUUUUCACCACAUGUUUUCGGUUCUCUUCUAUUCUUAUUGUUUUCUUAACCAUGCUUACAAGAUCUGUUGUCAUGGCGUCGUCACCGUCUGUCAAAGCAGCUUAUUGGCCUACGUGGACGACAACUUUCCCACCAUCAGCCAUAGCUACAUCCUUGUUUACUCAUAUUUACUAUGCUUUUCUCAUGCCAAGCAACGUCACCUAUAAAUUUGAGAUCUCAAGUCCAACAGCAUUUCUCCUGUCAAAUUUUACUGCCACCCUCCACCACAAGAAUCCGCCGGCAAAAACCCUUUUCUCUAUUGGUGGUGGAGGUGCUGAUCCUCAUGUUUUUUCCCGCAUGGCUCCGAGGGAAAGUCGCGUAAAGCUUUUAUAACUUCAGCUGUCGAGGUUGCACGAAAAUUUGGUUUUGAUGGGAUGGACCUAGACUGGGAAUUCCCUAAAAGCCGAAAAACAUGCAAGAUUUGGGCCUUUUAUUUAUGGAAUGGCGGCGAGCUAUCAACUAUGAGGCUAAGGCCACCCAUCGAACU